UGAGAUUUCAGUCUGACUGGCUUCAGUCCUGUCACAGCAGUGAGGGGCGCCUUUUCGCUGCGCUGGCCCUCUGGGAAUACUAACCGUUCGGCGAAACAACAAACAAAAACUAACAACUCUUUCUGCUACUUUACUGCUUCUUCUCUGCGACAGUAUCUCCUCAGAGAGACUACGGCGUUUUUUCACGGUGGAACUGCGAAGGAAACAAUAAGAUUCACAGACAGCUGCAGCUGAACUCUGUAUCAGCCUGGUACACUUACCUGCUUGGUGGAAUCAUUGCAGUCUGCAGACUGUUUGAAAAAGGCCUGGAGAAAGUUAAUGAGAAGAUUCGAUCAGCUGGCACCCCCCAGCUUCCUCAGCUCCAUCCCCGUAUCCCAGCCAUUGUCUUCUUCCAGUGUCAGCGUUGACUUCUUCACAUAGUUGGACAGCGGAAUUCGCGAUGUUGUGAUCACGCGAAAUCAACCAAUCUCCGCGGAUUUUGCGCGGCCUUGCAAUUUUGUCCAAUCACCGCAACUUUCCUGCAGUUUUGGCCCACCUCCCGUGAGUUCCACCAAUCAUAGCAGCUCCCAGCGCAAACGUAAUGCACGAAGUUUGUUGAAGACGGAACGUUCUUAGAAGGUGAACCUCAAAGGGGCUUUUAACCCCCAACAGCCCAUUUACCACUCCGGCUUCAAAACCCCUCCUCCUGCACACCCCUGCUGAGGUCAUUUCCUGGGAGAAAGAGGAGGAGCACGGAUUGGUGGAUUGUCAGACGUGACAAAAACAGUUUGUAAGGUGGGUUGGGUGAAUCUGCUGUGGGCCAUGUGUUUCUGGUGAGGUCUCAUCUUGUGCCAAAAUGAGGCUGAUGCCCAGCUCGCCUCGACCCAUCCUGCCAGCCUUCUUGGCUCUCACCUUAGUCGCCUUCUUACCUCAGCUGUCCUCAGGAGCCACACCGUUCCCCCAAGACCUGGAACCAAUCAGCAUUGUCGGCAGAGAAUCCUCCUACCUCUACCCCAGCUUCCAGGGAUUGAUGUCAGACAAUGACACUGUCCGCCUGGGCCUGGAUUUCCAGAGGAUGCUGAGGAUCAACCACAUGCUCUACAUCGCUGCCCGAGACCAUGUGUUUGCCAUCAAUCUUGCCACCUCAUCUGAGCAGAUAAUCCCACAGCAGAAACUGACUUGGAAGACGAAGGAUGUGGAGAAGUGCACUGUGAGAGGGAAAAACAGCGACGAAUGUUACAACUACAUCAAAGUGCUAGUGCCACGCAAUGACGAGACGCUGUUCGCCUGCGGCACCAAUGCUUUCAACCCCACCUGCCGUAACUAUAAGAUGUCGACACUGGAGCAGGAAGGGGAGGAGGUGGUGGGUCAGGCUCGAUGUCCGUUCGAAUCUCGUCAGUCCAAUGUCGGCCUUUUUGCAGGUGGUGAUUUCUACUCGGCCACAAUGACAGACUUCUUGGCAAGUGAUGCAGUUAUUUACAGAAGUCUGGGAGAAAGUAGCCCUGUGCUUCGUACAGUCAAGUACGACUCCAAAUGGCUGCGAGAGCCCCAUUUCCUCCACGCUAUUGAGUAUGGGAACUACGUGUACUUUUUCUUCAGCGAGAUUGCAGUGGAGUACACCACUCUUGGCAAGGUGGUUUUCUCCAGAGUCGCUCGUGUUUGUAAGAAUGACAACGGAGGUUCCCCGAGGGUGCUGGAACGUUACUGGACAUCAUUCCUCAAAGCCCGGCUGAACUGCUCUGUGCCUGGCGAUUCCUUCUUCUACUUUGAUGUUCUGCAGUCGCUGACCAACGUGCUGCAGAUCAACCACCGGCCAGCUGUGCUUGGAGUCUUCACCACCCAGGCAAACAGCAUCACUGGUUCAGCAGUCUGUGCUUUCUACAUGGAUGACAUAGAGAAGGCCUUCAGUGGCAAAUUCAAAGAACAGAGGAACAGCGAGUCGGCAUGGACACCUGUUCCAGAGGAGCAAGUCCCAAAACCAAGGCCAGGCUGCUGCGCCGGCGAGGGUUCAGCAGCUACAUACAAGUCGUCCACUACUUUCCCUGAUGACACCCUGACUUUCAUCAAGUCGUAUCCGCUAAUGGACGAGUCCGUCCCCUCGGUCAACGACAAACCCUAUUUCACCCGCACCACAAGCAGGUUUAAGUUGACCCAGAUCGCAGUGGAUACGUCAGCAGGGCCGUAUAAGAACUACACGGUGGUGUUUCUUGGCUCAGACAAUGGCCAUGUGUUGAAGAUCCUGGCCAGCACCGAGGGAGCCAAUGCAUCUUUCAACACCCAACUCCUGGAAGACAUCGACGUCUACAAUCCUAACAAAUGCAACGUGCGAGGGGAGGACAGGAGGGUGCUGGGUCUUGAGUUGGACCGGGAUCAUCAUGCGCUGUUCGUGGCGUUCUCAAGCUGUGUGAUCCGUGUGCCGCUCAGCCGCUGCUCUGAGUACAGCAACUGCAAGAAGAGCUGUUUGUCUUCACGGGACCCUUACUGCAUUUGGCUCAAGUCUAGCAGCUGUGCCACGGUUUCACCUGGUUUCAAAGGCGGGUUUGAACAGGACGUGGAGAACGGCUACCAUCAGCAUCCUGAUACCUGCCACGAUGUCUUGGCGACCACUCGCAAGCAAAACACGGCAAUAGAUUCAGCGUAUGGGAAGACCACACCCACAAGCGCCAGCACAACCUAUCAUGGGGCGGCAUUCCCAAAGGAGGCAGGUGACCCUGAAAGAGGUACAGGUCCUGAUCGCCCUCCCCCUGUUGGGGAACAAGGGUCACCUGACUCGGAGCCAAUCAGUGUGGAGAUGGAGGGUGUGAGGCGACCUCCAGAGCUGGAGAAGACCAAUCACAGUGUGCAUUACACUCUUCUGAUCGCUUGUGUUUUGGUGGCCUUUGUCCUUGGCGCCUUCCUCUCUGGCUUUCUGGUCUCAUGCUACUGCAACCACACAGGCCACAAGACCAAGAAGUUGUCGAAAGAUCCUGAAGCUCCUAUCCCACACGCACUGUCAUUACGCAGUCUGGCAAAGCUCAAUGGGCUUCUGGACAGCCAAAGUAAGGAUGACAAGCUGGAGGUAUCAUCUCCAAAGAUCUACAACUCUUUCUUUGCCACCAGCAAGGAGCAUCACCCACCAAGGAGAAAUGGCCAUCAUGGAAUGACAAUGGGAGACCUGGUCCACGCUCACCAUCACCAUCUCCACCAUUCCUCAGAGCUGUCUGGUCUCCCUACACCAGACUCAACCCCAGAACUGCCCAUUAAGAGCAUGAAAGCCUUCAAGAACCAAUGGGAAAAGAACCAGAACUGCAACAAUGCCAAGGAACCAAAGUCCCAUAACAUUGGCUCCAGGCCCAGUUCAGCCCUGCUUCACCAGCAGGUCUUCCCCUACUCCCAUGGUCUGUCUAAUGGGCAGCCAGUAGUUGGUCAUCUCCAUCCAGAUGAACGUAAAAUCCACAAUGUUGAACGUGUGUUGUCUCAGCAGCCUUACCCUGGUUACUCUCAAAAGGUGAUGGAGGUAACCUCACUCGAUGAGCUUCUGAAACACAUCCAUGAGGCGAGCAGCAGCAAGAACUCCCAGCUAAUGAGCCCAUCAGGUCUGAUGGCCAGUGGAGGUGGAGGCCAGCUAGCCUUUGCCAACCGCAUCCAACCUCAGAUUCCUGAGACAGAGUCAGCACCCUACUACAGCUCAUCUACUUUGCCACGAGACAGCCUGACACGCCGCAUGGAUGUUCCACCGGACAUUCCCUCACAUCACCAGUCUACCCUGGAGAGGAGGCACUCCUCCCAGAGGCACUCACUGAUUGCUGCAGCCACCAAAAUGCCCAAUGGAGGCGGACUUGGAGGAAGUGGAGGAAUGAUCCCUCGCCAGCACAGUUUCAGCCAACGAAAUGGUGGGCCUCACCAGCAGCCUCCCCUUUUGGCACGAAUGAACUCGACGGGCAGCGCCUGUGAGGUUCACUAUCCCCUCAUCCCCAACGGGUACCUGGCACGGCAGCACAGCUAUAACGGAGAGCAGCAGGAGGUUCCACACAGGGGUGCCAUUGUUCGCCGGGCCUCUUCUCUCAAACCUGAUGUCCCUCCCAAGCCCCUGUUCAUACCUGCCACAUCCCCAGUCAACGAGCAGGGAAAGUUCAACUACUGAGGGGCUAAACUCCUGGACUAGAGAGAGAGUCUCCCUCAGUGUGUCGUCUUUAAGGAACUUCCCUUGAAAAACUGCUGUGGGUUUGAGGUAGCAGACCUUCACCAGAAAACACAAUUAGGAGGGUGGCAGCCAUUGUCACUGUGGACAAAAGCCUCAACCAAACGUGUUUUUCCGCUUCUUUUUGUCCAACGAAUAUCUUUGUACCAUAUUGGUAUUGCUCAGCUACUUGCUUAUAAUAGAACCGCUUACUCGGGUGACGUGACGCCACCUCCUUAUAUUAGGCUGCCAAUGUCCUCAAUGUGGAUUUACAAUGCAACUCAGUUUUUGGACAUGUUGAUGUUGGAAAAACUUAACACAUCAGUCAUCAUGAAGAGGAGGCUCCUGCGAUGCUUAGAUUCAUGCUUUUUGCUUAACCUUUUCUGAUGUAGUGUUGGUAUCCACUCCCCACCCGCCCCACCCUCGAAUGUGUUUAUAUUAUGCAUGUGUGUGUAUAUAUAUGUGUGUUUAUAUCCACACCGUAUAUGUAUACAUAUACAUAUGCAGUAUGUGUAAUCUGUGGUGAAAAGUCAGCAAAUUCCCCUGAAAGUAGUUAUGUCUUUGCCUUACUAUACUCUUUCAUCUUUGGGCAUAUCAAACGAUCCCCCUAUCCCCUAAAAAAUAUAUUGGGGACACCAAAUCAUGCACUUCAUCAACACAGUUUGUCAGUUGGCUAAAGACGCUGAACCAAAUUUGUUCGUGUUGACAAGACAAAGGAAAUACUUCAACAAAGCAGCUAUACUCGCCUUUUCUCUCUUUCUCACUUUUUUUUUGUUUUCCUGUCUCAGCCGAUGUCAAGUCAAAAGUGACAAAUUCGGGUCCAUUUCAGUUCCUCAAGAAUGUUUCCAUAAGAUUGGUGCUCCACAAAUCUAGUGGGUCUAACAUCCUUUGAAAUGGAAAUAAACAAUAUUGUAUGCUCUGAAAUACUUCGGACCCAAAGAGGAGGAGACAAACAUGCCACGCCAUCUGGUGUUAAGAGAAUGAACAUAAAACAUAAAACAGACAGCAGUUAUUAUAAUUAUUAACUUUGUGGCUAUUGGUUGUAAAUAAAGGAAUAAUAACUAGCCAAAUUUUAACUGUAUGUGUAAAUGUGUGCCUUAUUUAAUAAUAGUGUGUGACAUGGGGGUAGGGGUAAAUGCAAGGGGCUCGGAUGGCAUCUAUGCUACAGUAUAUUGUAGGUGUUUAAUUUUCUAUGGUUGUCAGUAUGUGUCAUACAGUAUCUAUUGUAUAUUUGAAGAGUUUCAUUCCAAAAUGAGAUAUGUCACCUGUUCUGAUAAACUGGUAAAUGCGAGUAUGAUUGUAACACUCACUAAUGAAUCUAUAUAUUCACUAUAUGAUUUUUUUUUAACAAAAAAAAUCUACUUUUAUGUUUAAAAAUAAAACAUCAGAUAUAUAUUUUUUCCAAGAUCGAAACAGUGUUUUGGAAUGAAACCCUUCAUUCUUUUCUUUUCAUCCCAAAAGUGUGAGCCUGUUGGGCAAAGCAAGUACACAACCUGAGACUACAGACAUUCAGGUUCGACUGUCUCUGUAUUAUGUCACUUUCCACUGGGUGUCACUUUUCCUGUCGGUGCCAUUGUUUGCUUUCUUUCUUUUUCACUUGUAGCAUUUUCAGUUUCUUUUGUUUCCUAAAAGAGCAGUUCACAGUUCCUCUUGACCUACAGACCUGUAGCCAUUGUAGAAGUCACAUUAAAUUAUGGAUAAAUGUCAGACAUCAGGAAAUAUUUUUUUAGUUGUUCUCUGUUUUUGUUUUGUAUAAAAAUAAGAAAAUAGAUGCAGGGUGGCCGCAUAAAGCUGGACUUCUACAAUGGUUACUGCUGUAGAUUUUGACCUAGCGGUGUCACCAGGUGUCAGCUUCAAAACAUGAUGAAGAAACACAGAGAAGUGCAAUGAACUCUGAUCCGACAGGCUGAGAUUGUCUCUUGGAUCGAUACUUGGGAAGUAAUCGUGAUACCAGUUCACAGGUGGCCACGAUGCCGAAAAUCUACUGAGGAUUUCCCUCAGGGAUGCAAUGCCAGUCGGCUCUGCCUCGGAAACAUCACCCUCACAAAACUCUCCACUGUUGCACUUUUCAGGGGAGUCACUUUGGCUUCGGUUGGCUGGAACCGUGAUCAAUUCAGCGAAAGCAGCACUACGCUAUUUACUGUAUCUGAAAGUGGUGUUUAUUGAUUGAAAUUUCCCAGAGCUCAUUUGACCCAGUGUAAAGUUUACCAUUCAUAGUACAUCAACUCCAGUAAAUGAAGGAAAAUAUGACCGAGCACGUUUGUUGUAAGGGGGGGGGAGUUGAUUUGGAUAUUAACAGGCAGCAGAGCAUUAAAUAGCCUUUCCAACAGCAAAUACAAAACAUCCAACUUGAUUUAACGUUGGAGCGGAAAUGUUUCAUAAGAGGAAUUGUGGCAGCUACAGUGUUAGAGUGGAAGUGUUUCUCUCUCUCGCUUUGUUUUUGUUUUGUUUUUUAAUCUGCCGGUCACAGAUUGUAUGGAAGAGGGGACGGUCUCGUCUCGAAAAGCUCUAUCAGUAUUUGAUUUGGUGUAAAUACAUUCUAUCUGGGCGGGGUCUCAUUGAUUCAGUAUUAUGUUUUUCUCUGUUUGAUUUCCAGGCCUCUUGACUUACUAUGAAUUUGGUCUCACAGAAUACCAUUGUAUGUCUCUUAUACUAAGAAUAAAAUGGAAAUAUGA